CUCCAUUGCAACAUCACCUGCCGCACACAAAAAGAAGAAGCCAUUCGAUUGAGCUUUUCUAUUGGUUUCUUUUUCUUUCCAGUCAGAUUCUUUUGGCUACUUUCAUUUGUUUUUCAGCCCUUUUUUGCUACUUUGUUUUAACAUUUUCUUGAGGGAAAAUGACUAUCCUUAUUGAGAAGCCUCAGCUAGAGUCUCAAGCAGAGUGCCAGGAGUAUGUUGUUGAACCUAAUGAAUUGGUGUUGGAUGGUGGAUUUCCAGUGCCAAAAUCUUCGUCAGAUGAUGGAUUUUUGGCACCAGAAAUCAAUUCAUUUGGCCACUCCUUUAGGGAUUAUAAUGCAGAAAGUGAAAGGAAAAAAAGCGUAGAGGAAUUCUACAAACAGCAGCACAUUAACCAGACAUACGACUUUGUGCAAAAGAUGAGGAAAGAGUACUCCAAACUGAACAGAAUGGAAAUGAGCAUAUGGGAAUGCUGCGAACUCCUGAAUGAGGUGGUGGAUGACAGCGAUCCUGACCUAGAUGAACCUCAAAUUCAGCACUUGUUGCAAUCAGCUGAAGCAAUUAGAAAGGAUUAUCCUGAUGAAGACUGGCUGCAUUUAACUGCUCUUAUACAUGAUCUUGGAAAGGUUCUUCUUCUACCCAAGUUUGGAGGUCUUCCACAAUGGGCUGUUGUUGGAGACACGUUCCCUGUUGGAUGUGCUUUUGAUGAGGCCAAUAUUCACCACAAGUUUUUCAAGGAAAACCCAGAUUAUAACAAUCCUGCUUACAACACUAAGAAUGGAAUUUACACCCAUGGCUGUGGACUAAACAAUGUAAUGAUUUCAUGGGGGCACGAUGACUAUAUGUACUUGGUAGCAAAGGAAAAUGGAACGACUCUACCCUCAGCCGGGUUGUUCAUAAUCCGAUACCAUUCCCUUUAUCCUUUACAUAAGGAGGAAGCAUACAUGCAAUUUCUUAAUGAUGAGGAUAAGGAGAAUUUGAAGUGGCUCAGAAUAUUCAACAAAUAUGACCUGUACAGCAAGAGCAAAGUCCUGAUUGACGUUGAAAAGGUCAAGCCAUAUUAUCUUUCACUGAUUGAAAAAUAUUUCCCGGCCAAGCUCAAAUGGUGAUCAUAGCUUGAAGAAAUUUAACUAUGGCUUGUGAGAUUAAGGAAAGAAAGCUUGAUUAUCAAGGAAAUUAUAGGCGGCUUGGUUGCUUCAUUUUCUGCACCCAAAUUAUAUUAUUUAUAUUUGAUGAGUUUUGUAAAAAAUAAAUUCAUGAAAGUGUGUUUUUUCUUCCUUCUUAAUUUGUAAAUAAAGUUGUAAACUACUUAUCAAUGGAGAUAACAUAUUUU